CCAGCUUCACUUCUAAUGUGUCCGACUGUCCGAGAAGGCAGCAGCGUCCAAACUGCGCAGCCUCCGAGCACUUUAACGCGAGCGGCAACUUCACCGGGAGCCUCGCGCGCCCCGCCGCCUGUCGCCCACAACAGCCCGCAUCAUCAUCAUCAUCAUCAUCAUCAUCAUCAUCAUCACCACCACCAUCAUCAUCAUCAUCAGCAGCAGCAGCAGCAGCAGCAUCAGUGUGAUGAAGCAGCGGAGGACGGAGACCUUCCUGCUCUGAGACACUGGAUCACACACACACACAGGAUGACCGAGGUGAUGAACUCUCUGGAGCCGGGUACGGAGGACUUCAGCGGGGGUGGAGCGGCAGCAGAUCAAGGCUCAAUCUUCCCAGAUACCCAUGAAAGGUAUCCAAAGUUAACCAAGAGGCUUCCCUCCAUCGUGGUCGAGCCGACGGAUGGUGCCGACGUGGAGAGCGGCGAGCUCCGCUGGCCGCCGGACGAACCGGGUUCUCCCGACGCCCAAACCAAGAGACAGAGUGCAGAGGGACAAACUGCAGAUGAGGAGCAGUCGAAUGUCGGAGAGGACGAUGAAGAGGCUUCAGGUGCGGAGAUGCAGGACUCCAACUGAGCAAAAAACUCUCAGCCUGUGUAAUCCACCGUUACUGUGAGUGAGUCCAGACUCGGAUAAAUGAGUGAAAAAAAGGGUCGAAUAGAAGAGCUCGUUGCAUUGAUAGGAAAGAUUACAGCGACAGACAGACAGAUUCCCAAACCCCAGCUGACGGGCUUGGAGCCAGAUACCUGCCGUCACCUUCAUUUUUAGACGCACAGAGGUUGUUGUUUUUCUUUUCGUGUGCUCGUUGUCGCUGAUGAUUGAAGGGACCAAGCCGCCAUCUUGAACCUUGUUUAUUUACCAGCUUGUUUUCCCUUAAGAAACAAAUAAGACUUUAAUAACUGUUGGCAGCUUUUAAUGUCAGUACACAACCUAUUCUCCACUUUAAGUAUCUACUAACUGAUUUUCUGAUAUAUAGAUUUGUUCUCUCUCUGGCUCCAAGCCCUCGCCGUCCAGACUCCCACACGUCUGACAUCUGGACAGAUGUUUCUAAAUGCUGUCUUAAGUAUUUAGCUCAUGUGUGCCAUACUACUACUAUUACUACUAUUACUACUACUACUACUAAUGGUAGCUACUGUAUUUUGUGCACAGUUUUUACAUUAAGUCUAGAUGUAAACAACAUCACUGUUUGUUAAGUGCUGACUGCUGUAGUUUUGGUGAUCUUGGUCUCACUCUGUGACAAAUAGCUACGAUGUUUUAAAGAGCAGUGUGUGCGAGUAAGGAAGCCUUCAUCACUUUAAAUCGAUGUUAUUACGAUACAUUCUUUUAAGAUAAUAUAUUAUAAUGUGUCUUCAUACAGUAGGUGUUAAAAAGGGAAUGUAAUCGUGUUGUUUUACUUUAAGAUAUUGGAGCAAUAUGUUCACGGGAGAUUAAAAAUGCGGUUCCAUUUUGUUACAGACUCACAGAAGUGAAAAAAAAAACAACCCCAGUAUAUUUUAGAUGUGUGUGGCUCGUCACAGACAUGAUAUUUUUUAAAAGUACUGGAAGCCUAAAUUAUUGCACAAGUAAUAAAUCUUUUGAAAAUUCUUAAAA